CUCAAUUUGAAACUUAUUCAACGGCGAAUAAGGGUAGAGUUUUGAUAGAAAUAAAAGGCGAGAAUGACCGGUGUUACAGAAUCUUCCCACGGAUAAAUUAUUGCUCAUGCCGCGCGUUUAAACACCAAGUGAUCGAGAAAAAAUGUCAAGUGACUUGCAAAACUGUGAAUAGGGAAGUGACACAGGAACAAUAUUUGAUGUUGGUGCAGUCAAUGUUUGAUUUUGAUUAAUCAAAAUGGAUGACGGCACAUCACAGUACUAUUUCACAGCUUCAAUGGACUCAGGAAAAACUUUACACAGCUUAUUGAAAGCCAUACAAUUUCAAGAGAGUGCCGUGUUCUGUGCCAUGUCCGAAGGGCUGAAGUUGACGGUGGAAGAGGGCAAAUGUGUGCAGGCCUCAGCCUACGUGCCUGCUGACAACUUUACCGAGUACCAUGUCAGAGAUGAUGUAGAUGUUAUAUUUAAAAUAAGUAUAGCAGUGUUAACAGAGUGUCUAAACAUAUUUGGCGCCAGUGAAGAGUCCAGUUUAAAAAUGUAUUACAGGAGUGAGGGAUCGCCUUUGUUACUUGUUUUGCAGCCCCAAUCGGUCCACACCGUGAUGACAGACUGUGAGAUAGCCACUCAGACGGCCGACUGUCUCCUGGAGCUGAGAGACGAGGACGCGACCGAAGUCGCCAAGCUGGUGCUGAAGGCGUCCGCCUUCCUCGGCCUGCUGGCGGACUUGGAGAGGUCCUGUGACGUCAUGGAGCUGCACCUCUCUCCCGACCAUCCUAAUGUCAGCAUUGUUACGUAUGGAAUGCAGGACAGAUCCUGUAUAGAAGUGCCGAAGUCUUCAGACAUGAUGCAGAGCUUCAGCUGCGAGCAGCCGGUCACGCUCAAGUACCAGCUGCCGCACAUACGACUCAUCAUGAAGGCGCUGGCUAUAUCUUCGAAGGUGGUGCUAAGGUGUAGCUCAAAUGGAUUAUUGCUUCUACAACUGAAACUGGAAAAGGAUGAACAACGGCAAAUGUUUUCGGAGUUCCAUAUCGUGCCUUUACUAGACGAUUAUUAACUAAAUAAGUGAAAUGUAGUAUGUAAUAAGUAUUGAUUUAUAAUAAUUUAUUUUAUUGAAGAUAAGUGGAUGCCGCGGAAAUUCUGAUUUAAAGUGCUAAAUUAAUCUACGAAACCCUACACUGCGCGUGGUUUGUCACGCACUUGGUCGGUUUUUACAAAUAUAUGUUGCUUAAUAAUCUCAUCUCAAACUCCCACUAAAAUCGGUUCCACCGUUCCAGAGACUAGUCUAGACAUACCUACAAAUAAAGAUUUCAACAAA